AUUCGGCGCAUGAGAAGUUCGCCGUCUAAACCGGGCCUAACUCUCAUGAGGACCCAAUUAAAUUGCCAGGAAUGAUAUCCCCUUCCCCCCGCAGUCGCUUGAUUCUGCUUCAAAAAAUUUAAUAUGUACUAAAUUUGAGGUAACUGAACGUAUUAAAAUUAAAGGCACAGUUCAGCCUUUUGAAUGAUGGUUUUUAUGGCACAUUAGGAAAAUCAAUUAAAUAAUUCAAGAUCAGUAAACCUUAAAACCCAUCAUUCAAAAGGCUGACAGAAUAUUAAAUAGGCUACUCUACCAUGCCCAAAUGAUCUUUUUGGCAACGGCUUCAAAUAUAUUCCUCGAUAGUGUUAUGAUAAGGCAAAAUCCGCAGAAAUCAGACUCUCGUUUUUGAUUUUUAUUUAUAACAGCAGGAAUUUUGCAUAGUUGUGGUGUAUGGAUUUUUAUACUUGUGGUGUAUGGAAUUUUGUUGUGCGCCACGUGCAAAUAUGGGGUUGUACGUUUUCAAAGAAUUGAUUUGAACUCAGUUUUUGGGUUGAAAAUACUGCAAAAGACCUCGUUUUUGUUGUGUGUAUACAUAAUGCAUCCAUCUCAUGAGAGAUUGGGAGUUGAAGUGUUUAUACCAGGAGAAAAUAAGCAGAAGAAUCCCUCUUGUCCACAUGGUAUAAGUAUUUAUAAAAAAUAUUUUUUUAUUAUUAAAUAAUAAUUGAUGUUUGUGAUGUUUGAGGUGAUGUUUAUACUCUGAGUGUAUAUCCAAACUGGGCGAGCUUGAAAAUAUGCCCGGCCACGAACGCGGACGAACCCGGUUACUCGAACCUACCUGACCGCGCAGCUCAGUUGGCAGAGCAUAUUGGGCUAGUAUUCCAAAGGUCGUAGGUUCAAUUCCCACCGUGGCCAGGCAUAUUUUUCAAGCUUGUCCGGUGUGGAUAUCAGACCUCUCAACUUUGUAGAGAAGUUAAGAGUGAGAUUGGGGACGUGGUUGACACCUUUGUAAAUGCCUGGGGGUCUGAAAUGGCAUUUCGUACAUUAUGAGAGUUGGUGUUUUUUAAUGAAAUAUGUCCCGUGGGAUGGGAUUCCCGUCCUGUGAAUAUUAAAAUUUGGAUUUGAAAUAAAACGUUAACUGCAAUAAUAAAAGCGACAAAUGUUAGGAAAUGUUUUGUGAUUUAGCCAAAGCCAUGAAACAAAUAUAAAUAGCAGUAAAUAUCACAAUUGAAAAAUAUAAGGAAAGCUUUAGAAAUGUCAAUCUCGUAUACAGAGUAUAAUACCUGUAGAAAUUUCGACUUUGUUACCAAGACUUAGAGGCUGCUAGUAUUUGUUAUUAUACUAAGUUUCUAUAUAUAUACUUACCACAAAAAGAUAUAAAAUGUAGGCUAGAAAUCUUUCACGCUUCAACAGAACAAAAACUUUAGAUUUUCGUUGAAUUUCUCCACCACCUCUGACCGUAACCACAGAAUAGGAAGGUAUAGCAGAAGUGUAACUUGAAUCGGUGUUUACGUCCACAAAAAUUUUAAAUCGCUCACACCAUCCUGGCUAGUACACCCGGAAGUUUUUAUCAGGUUUUGGUAGGUACAAAGUGCCGGUUGUACUAGCCAGGAGGGUGUGAUUGAUGACAAAUUGCUUGUAAAAACGCGGACAAAUACUUGCUUGACUUACACUUCUUCUAUAUAUAUACCUUCCUAUUCUGUGCUGUAACACAGAAAAUAUGCAACUGCAUACUAGCUUUGACACUCAAGACUCUUUAGUCAGUUUAAAUUUAAAAUUAAGUUUCUUUCAAUGUGAAGACACUAAGACAGGGCAGUGAAGUGUUUGGACAGAAUUAACUGAAUGAAAAGCUUACGAUCUUGUAUCAGCUUUUAUUAGCAUGUUAUUUGUAUUUCUGCAUCGAUAAAAUCCAAAACAGCCAUAGGAAUGCUUUCUUUUCUUUGCUUAUAGCCUUCUUCCUUUAAUUUUACUAUUAGUUUCCAUUUUGACAUGCACAACAAAUUGAAUCAAAAUGAUUUUUCGUCCUGCAGGAUGAGAAUCCCGAGGGAUGUCGAAGCUGCACUACCCACGCAGGGCCGCUAAACUUUUCCCUAAAAAAUCUUGGAGACAACUCUAACCAACUCUGUAGUCUGGCAACAAGGUGGGCUGGCCCUCCUAGUGAGACUGAGUAAAAAACCUUGCUGUAUCCUUGAUUUAAAUAAUAUUUAGUUCUAGAACAGAUAUUCAAUUGUCUGAUAGUUAUUGUUAGAAAAUUUGCAUAGCAGAGUAUGAUUUUGGGUUUGAGACAAGCCAUUUGAGUGUUGUUCCAAAAGGGUGACUUCCCACUAGUCCGAAGGUUCACUAGUCCAAAGGUUCACUAGUCCGAAGGUUCACUACUCCGAAGGUUCACUAGUCCAAAAUAUAUGCUGGUUUUGAAUUGCAAUUACGUGUUAGACUUGGCUGCUUCACAGUUAAGCAUUUUUCGUACCUGCAUACACGCACAGAAAAAUUUAAAUCCACUUGAAAGUCUUUUGUCCACUUAAGAAAUAAUUAAAUGAAUAAAAGGAUAGCAUUUAAUUUUGUGUUUGAUUUUAAAUGUAUUUUUUAAGUAAUUAUGGUACUUAUACCGGUAUAAAAUUUAGAAAGACUUAAACUUUUCCGAGUGUAUAUAUGUACGUGAAAAAUGCGCAACUUGAAAGUCGCCGUAUAGUCAUUGGACGUUUAAGGCUGCAUUUUUCACAUACAUAUAUAUGCACUCGGAAAAGUUUAUAAAUCUUUCUAAAUUUUAUACCGGUAUAAGUAUAAUAAUUACUUAAAAAAUACAUUUAAAAUCAAACACAAAACUAAAUUAUAUCCUUUUAUUCAUUUAAUUAUUUCUUAAAUGGACAAAAGACUUUCAAGUGGACUUAAAUUUUUCCGUGCGUGUACAAGUAUGAAAAAUCCUUAACUGGGAAGCAGCCAAGUUUAACACAUAAUUGCAAUUCAAAACCAGCGUAUGUUUUGGAUUAGUGAACCUUCGGAGUAGUGAACCUUCGGACUAGUGAACCUUCGGACUAGUGAACCCGCGGACUAGUGAACCUUCGGACUAGUGAACCUUCGGACUAGUGAACCGUAACCUCAGAAAGUGAUUAAGGAUGCAAGCCAGCCUUAAUGUAAGAUAAGAUCGACAGCUGAUUUUUUUCAUAUCCUACCAUACAGUAUAGAUAUAUGGAACCGAUCAAAGCUGGGGAUUCAUAUGAAAAUUUGUAAAGAGGAUUGUGAAUAUGAAAUAAUCUUAAUUUGACAUAUUCCUUCAUGCACCUAAAAAAUGUCAAUGUUUAUUCCAAACUACGUACUUCCAAAAUUGCACAAAAGUCUCGAUCGCAUAGGCACUGUCACUGUGCUUGUAUAUGCAGGGUAAUAGGGUAAAUAUAAAGAUAAAAUUAGCUAUACUGGGCUAAUGUACUAUCAUUUAUGAUUCAAGGACCCAUGUUGAUGUUUGAGAGAUACUUUGAAUCAAAACCACCAAGACGAUUUUACUCCUGCUCGGCUUGCAGGGAUCGCAAAGAAUGUAACUUUUUUCAAUGGGAAGAUGAAACACCCUCGAUAGCAUCUCAAGAUGCACACAGACGGAUAAUAGAGGCAUCAAAGCCAUCAAUUAGUCAUACUCAAUGUUUGAAGAGACUUAAACGUGUCAGACGUUUAAAAGAAAGUCAACGAACAUAUUGCCAUACUUGUGCACAAUUAUUGCUACCAAAGGAAAUGGAUAAACAUAAUGAUCAUGAGAUGACAUCUGGAAUUUCAGAUGACAUUGUUUCAAGUCCAAGUUAUCUGUUCAAGCCUUUGGACAAGAAAAAGUCAUUUGCAGUAUGUUUUUCAUGAUUUCUCAUGUAAUAGAAAUUCAAUAUUCACGAGUUUAACUAUAGUGCGAGGCAUGAUGCGAGGCAUGAUGUGAGGCAUGAUGCAAGCCAGCGAGGCGUUGUGCGAGGCAUAGUGAAAAUUAUAACUAACACGUUUAAAGUGCCUACGAAACCCAAAAUUUAAUUAAAAUGAAAAAAAAUACAUUACAGCCUUAGGCAGUGGAAUUUCCCAAAUUUCAGGGAAAUGAUAAUGUGAUUAUUCAGCCAUCCUCAAGCCUCAGAAAAUAAAUUUCCAAUGGCACCAACUGAUUAGUGCCUGCAUAACACUGGACACUUUGUUCCUGACAAAAAAUCUUAACACAAUACAUAGAGCAAAUAAAUAUAGUUUUUUGUGGUCUGCAUUGAAAUAAAAGAAGCCAAUUAAAAGCUAAUAGCAACAACAUUUACCAUAAGCCACUAGUCAAUAAUUAUAUCAUACAGAAUCAAACAAUAAUAAAUUUCACAACAUUUUCGCAGGCAUUAACAGUAAUUGUCUCAAAAUUCAAAUGCGAUGAAAUUUGGACAUGCAAUGUCAAUUCUCAUAUACACAAUUUUUAAAUGCAGAAUUAAUGCAAAUAUUUUGAAAUGUUAUAAUGAAAUUUUUAAUGCCAGUUGUAGACAAUUUUACCAAUAGUUGUAUUACUGUAAUAUUGUGUCCCGGAUAUAUUAAUUACCUUUUUGUACCAGGCAAUGUCUGUGACCAGCCAUGCACUUACAUAUUUUCAGGCUUGGCCAUCCUAUUUCUACAGUACGUAUCUGUCAUAAAAUGAUGUUUUGCCCUCUUUCAGCAAUAUUUAUUCAGUGAUGCUUCUGUGGACUUCCUACUGGAAACAUUUGAACGUCUUGGAUACAAAAAUAUUUUGUGUAUUGGCACUCCACGGUAACAAUACUUAUCCUGUAUUUGGUUUAUCCUAUCAAAUAUGUCCUCGGCUCCUCUCAGGGGUUGAAAUAAGCAGACAUCUGGUCGCCAAUUGUGACCAAAUUUUUCAUCUGACAACCAGACGAUAUUUGCCAAAGGUAGCCAUGGUGACUGAGGAAAAUUUAAAAUAAUAAAAUAAUUCAAUCAAAUAUGAUAUUGCAUUCUGCUUUUUAAUUGCAUUCUGCUUUUGAAAACAUAUUUUAAAAUGUUUAAAAACAUUACUAUUUCUUCAAUUCAUGUUCUCUACAUACAAAGAGAAAAUUCCAGCCCCUUUAAUACUGAAGUCCUAGCUGCCACAACCACUUUUACUGAAGUCCUGCCAUCAAACUAAAUACUGUAUUAAAAUAUUAUAUACAGUAUGUGUCUAAACUGUAGAAUACACGAAGCAAUUCAAACAAAGAAAGUUAAUGAAAUGGACAGCAUUUUGUUGGAUCUAGAUCACAGAUAUGUAUGUAACAAUGUUUAAAUACCAUGUUCAAAUAUUUCAUUGCUGAUUCUUUAUGUUGCUACCUCAGAGACAUUUUUCUUCCACAGGAAGCCCCCCUUGAAAUUAUUCCCCCAGUCAAAUCAGCAUUUUGUGAUUAACCCAAUCUAUUAACCCCUCCCUAGAAGUGUGAAACUGCCAUAUACAUAUACAAGUGUAUGCCCUGAUUUUGAUUUGUUUGUCACAUAUAUUACGAAAGUCACCGAACUGUGGAAUCGCAUCAAAAAUUUGUAUAUUGACCACUCCCACAAACGUCUACGACCGCGCCUACAUAGUUUUGCAUGUUUACAAUUCUAAUUUUAAACAGCCAAUUACCAAGAACCUGAUUGGCUGUUCAAAAUUAGAAUUGUAAACAUGCAAAACUUUGUAGGCGCGGUCGUAGACGUUUGUGGGAGUGGUCGAUAGAAGAAUUUUUGAUGCGAUUCCACAGUUCGGUGACUUUCGUAAUAUCAAGCAAAAUAAAAUAUUUCAAGAGACAAGAGAGAAAAUGUGUAAUGUAAAAUAACUUGAUUAUUAUAAUUCAAGGAUUAUACGAAGGUAUAAAUUCAACGUUUCUGUCUGCAGUCUUUUUAAUAAUAAUUUAAAAAUAUUAUGGAAAAAGAUGAACUUUUUAGAAGAAUAAGUAAAAUAACUAGUUUUCCAAUUUUCAAAAUUACCUUUACAGAAGAAGAGAUUUCUAAAUUCUAAAUGAAUUCUAAAUUUUAAAUUCUUUAAAGAAUAUUUUUUCUUUCAGGCACAAUUCAAUGACGAAGGUCGUUUUAUCCACUAUAAUAUGUUCAACCAUCAUUUUUUCGACGAGGAUUUGGCCAAGCCACUUCUUCAAAACUUCUUUGAAAAUUCCAAACUAAAUUCACUAUUGGUUGUCUUGGAUCCACCAUUUGGUGGACUGGUCGAAGUUUUGGCUGCAAGUAUCAGGAAAAUAUGGAAACUUGCUGAUUGUAAUAAGGAUAAUAAAGGUAAAAUGAAGAAAUCUGGUUAUUUCCUUAUACGGGUAUGUUUUGCCCAAAUGAUUUUCUCAUCUCGUAACCGGAGUUUUUCAAAUGAGCUAAAUUCAUGAUUUCUUGAAGAAAUUUAGGGUUGAAGUUUUGAAAUAGUUUUGAACUUGUAGUAGACCAGUUAAAAAUUUGUCAACCCCCAGUGAUAUUGUUAUAAUUCACACCUAAGAAUCUCAAUAAAAGUGUAAAAACUCUGAACUUCAAUUUAUAAUCUGAUUUUAUUUUUAUCUUAGAACUGCCAACGUUCUGGAUUUUUCCAUAUUUUAUGGAAAGUCAUAUUGUGGAAGAAAUGCCAUCGUUUAACAUGUGUGAGCUUAAGGUAUGGGUUUAUUUAUUCUUGAACGAUAUGCGACAGUAAUACAUACAGUAGUAGGUCUUGUAGUAAUAUCCAUGCACUAACAAACUUUCCAGACAAAGGACCUUCGCUCGAAACGUCGAAGUUCCCCUUGUACCUAGAGAUACAGUACAGUACUGAAAUAUAUUGGAUUUAACUCAACCUACAGGUAUUUGACGAGUCAGCUUGUAGAUGGAAAUUAUUGAGUGCAAAUUUAUAUAUUGUACAUUUAUUAGACCUAUUAUUAUUGGCAUGACAAAAUUACUGGAUGCUGAUUGGUUGAAAGGAGUACAAUUAUUUCAUUAAUUAUUUAUCUUCUGUAAUCAGUGGCAAGUACUGCAAUUUCAUUGGUUUACAGGAGUGCGAUUUGAGCAUUAAUCGCACCUUUUCUGAGCUGUAAUCGCACUCUUGUCUACAGCCAAUGAAAAUCAGUCUAGUAUUUACAACUAGCCAAUCAGCAUUCAGGAUACAAACUUUGAAUUUUAUUUUUUUUAUUGCUGUAAAAAAAUUCAAAAUGGAGGAAUUCACAAAUUUUGACCUUUUAAUUUUUAAAUCAGCCCUCGAAAACCGUCAAAAUUGAGGUCGGAAAAAAAAUGCCGACCUAAAUCUGACCUAGCUCGACACAUCUCGGCAUUUUUUAAAAUCUGUUUCCAUGUCUUGGAGCACUAGUAGCCUGCACUAGUAAUCACGUAUUUACGAAUCAUUGAAAAGUAUAAAUGUCACGAAGCCUUUUCUUUUAGAGUUUUUCCGAAAUUAUAUCAUAAAUAUACCCGUUAAUUCUCAAACCUUACACCAAAGUGCAUCGAAUUCUAUAAUCGCUGACUUUUUAACAGCUAUAAGCACCAAAAAAGAUUAUUACUUUGGCUGAAUUAAGGUCGGCAAAACAUAGGCAUUUUAAUACUGUAGGUCGGCAUUGCCGAAUGCCGAUCUCGUUUUCGAGGGUUGUUAAAUUAUAUAUUUUCUGACGAAAAUGACCUACCUGUUCAUCCAGCAGAAGACACCGAACUAAACAUAACCAGGAGUUAUAUUUCUAUCCAAUUCAGAUGAUUAAUUGGACUAAAGAACUUCACUAUUUUGAACACGUUAUAAACAUACAAACAUGGCUUCCCAAUUGUGUGUUGAAUAAUUCAAACAAAUGUUGUCAUGUGAUUAUACCGGAUAUAAUGCCCGGAAGUUAAUAAUAUGUUAAUUUGAUUAUAUAUGAUAAACAAUAAUUCAAAAUUGUACUAUUUCACUAAGAAUUGUCGUGACAAAAAUUUAAUAAUUAUAUUGAACUUCAACAAAUUGUAUUUUUCUGCUUUUCCCCCUUAAACAGUUUGAUUACAGAAGAUAAAUAAUUAAUAAGUAAUAGAACGAAUUAAAGUCGUACUAUUAAUGCCAUAAUCAUACUCGUGAUUAACAAAUCAACCUCCCGCUACGCGGUCGGUUGAUUUUGUAAUCACUCGUAUGAUUAUGGCAUUAAUAGCACUCCUAUUCGUUCUAUUACCAUCAUUAAUUUUGUACUGCAGUACAAUUAAUGAUUUUCCCAAAACAAACAAAAUGGCGGAAACGUAUUUUAAACACAGAUGUGAAAUGAAAUUGCCGUGAAGGAACUAGAUGAAAAUACGAACAAAAGCACCAAAUUUUGAUUUAACAAAAUAACUAAAUGAAAAUACAAACAAAAGCACCAAAUUUUGGUUGAAAGUCUGGCAGAAUUGGGCUUUGGCGAGAGAGUAUGAUGUUGACAUUACGUAUCCAAUUUUGUCAUGCUAAUAAUAAACAAAACUAAUAAUAAACUCGUGAUGUUUGGAAAUUUGCCAAAUUAGACUCGCCGCGGCGGCUCGUCCAAUUUUGGCAAAAUUUCCAAACAUCACUCGUACUAUUAAUCCCUAAUUGUACUCGCCAUCGCAUGAUUACCUAUACUAACCAGGAAGAGUUGCGAAAAAUGCAACUACGGGUUCCGUAGGAAUGAAAUCUACGGCCCUGCGAUUCCGGUGCAGCGCUCUAACCAACUGAGGUACAGAAUCCAGUAGUCAAGCUCUAUUCAGUUUUACACAUUUUUAUGACUCAAUGUUUUAAUUCUUUCUCUAGGUUAACUAUGACAAUCACCCGCUAUAUAAGAAACGACACAGUUCCAGCGCUAAAACAUCACCUGUCAGAAUAUUUACCAACGUUUCAUUACGAGAUAUCGUUUUGCCUGAAGACGAAGGUUAUAGGUAAAGUUCCAUUAAAAAUGUUAUAUGCCUAGGGCCUUUUUAGAUCAGGGGUGUGGCAAAUAAUUACAAUUUGGGGGGGGGGAGAGGUUGUAAUGCAUUUUUCUUUCAAAUUAUUUUUUUUAUCCUAAUGUAUAGAUACUGUGAAAAAUGCGAACGUUAUGUGAGUGAGAGCAAUGUACACUGCGAGCUGUGCAACGAUUGUACUUCAAAGGUAAUGGUUAGUUUAAUCUAUAUGUACCGCUAGCUCAUACUGUUUCUCCUGUGUGCGGGCAGUUGAGGAUUUAAUCUCGAGGCCUUGAGGAAAAUACCUAAUCGUGUUUGAUAUUUUUCGCCUCCCGAGGAAAAAUCUCAACGUCUGCGAUGGAGGGUGCGAGCUCAGAACUGAGCUGCUUGAAUUAAGUAGCCAAUGAGAACACAUAGUUUCUUCACGUGACUUUGGUUAAAAUGGUGAGAAUGGAGGGAAGUGCAAACUAUCUUAUCAACGUCGUUUCUGUUGAGUAGUUUUCCCCAACUUGUGCGGCGAAAAUUAUCAAUAGUCAUGCCAGCUUUUGGACAAGAAAAAUUAGUUCGUGCGUAUUUGGGCGCCAAGGAAAACUUCCCAAGUGUACAAGAAAUACUUCAAUCAAUGGUUUUGGCAAACAAAAGGCGGCCUUCACGUUUGAUAAAUGUUUAACAAAGGAAAGUUGUCAAGAAAAACUUGUUGACGGUACACACGAGAAAUAAGUUAAUACUUUACAUUUCAGGAUGGUCGCAUAUGGUUACAUUGUGGUUUGUGUAACAAAUGUGUGAAAAAAGGUAGAGUAACACCAGCCUAUAUAUAACCUUAGUUUAUAUAGUUAUUUUUCUAGCACUUGUGUUGGGAGCCCUAACGUUUGGUUUUAGAUGGGGGCUUUUUGGUGUCGCAGUUUUCAGUGCAAGCGCCACCGCUGAGGUCAACUCGUUUUCGGCUCGAGACAUUUAUGUGAAUAAAAUUCAGCAACGCUGUGCUUAAAAACGUGGAUUUUCUUUGCUUACUUCUCACAAGGAAUGUUUACAGGCGGGUUAGAAUACACAUUGUCUUUGGGAGAUAUUAAUGAUCCUGUACUAUUAACUGCAUAUCGUGAUUGAACAACUAUUCUCGUAUGUAUAACUUAAUGGGCAACGAAAUAUUGUGUAUACGCGUAAAAGAUUGGUUUAUAUCAAGGCGUUGUCUGCAGACGGGUUUUAUAGUAAACCUAGCCACAUUUCAAGUCUGAUACUUUUCAGUGUGGAAUUUGAACAUACGAAAUAUUUUCAUAUGCAUGCAUUUGUGUUUAAUAACAUGUUCUUUUCACUUAUAAAAUCAAGAUUAAUAUACUGUAUGUGGAAGUUAAUUGUACAUGUAAAAUUACUAUUUUAGAUCGGGUUCAUUGUCAGUCGUGUGAUCGCUGUGAAGUUGCGGAACAUGUUUGUCAGCGGUAUGAUUCACCGGCAUUGACCUCUAUGUAAACUGGAAAGUUAACUCAGGGUGGGAAGUUGAAGCCAGUGCAUUUUAGCGAUGUAGUUGUUCUGAGUUCUGAGCAGAAAUACUCAACACUGAACGUUGUGCUGUAUAUGAAACUGAAACUAUUGAAAAACGCUAUUUGGUAUAGAAAUUUCAUGACUUUAGCUAAAAAGGAAAUAUUUAAAAACUACAAAAACAAUUGCCGAUAAUUUGCCAUUUUUUGGCCGAAUGGCAGUUGUUUUUGUAUUUUUAAAAUAUUUUUCUUUUCGCUGUAGUCUUGAAAUUUCCACACCGAAUAGCAAUUUUCAAUAGCUUCAGUUUGAUAUAUAGUCCAACGUUUGGGAUCAAGUAUUUCUGGUCAUAACUCAGAAAAACUAUUUUGGCUUCAGCAAAUCAUAUAGGCUUUAUUAUAGGAGUUAGCCUUUCAGUUUACAUAGAGUUUACUGUUCAUUGGUGUCUUAAUUAAUUAAUUAACUGAAUCUUACAUAUUUUAAUAUAUCCCAAGCUUUUUUUAUUAACUAAAUCUUAGAGUAAUACUUUAUGUGACACGAUGGGAAUUUUUUAUUACGCCGUUUGAAAGAAUCAAAGUUGUAAAUUAAUUUUUUUUUACAAUUUUGUGUUUUCGUUGUUCCUUGGCAUUCAUCACCAACAAAUUUACGUCAUAUUUUGCAUAAUGAGCUAAAAUUUCUAUGUUCACAAAAAUUAAUUACUGUACGCAAUGUAUUCAUAACACAACGAAUUAACCUGUAUUUAAAGUGAUUUAAUGCAAAAGAUAGCUGUUUGCAAGAACUUAAUUAUCUUACCAAAGAAUCGUAGGUAACAGUUUUUUCAUAUGGAAUGAUAAAAAUAGUUUGCGUUUUGUCACAUUUAAGUUCUACUAAAUAAGGAAAUUAAUCGUUGUCUGGGAGCCACGAGUAUUUGAGUUUGGGUAAUGGUCGAGGGUCGAAGGUCAUAAGUCGAGGGUCAUACAUAGGUCGAGGGUCGAAAGUCGAGGUCGAGGGUCAAACGUCGAGGUCGAGGGUCAAAAGUCGAGGUCGAGGGAGAAAAGUCGAGGGUCGAAAGUCGAAAAUACUAAAUUUUUAUCCAUUUUAAAAGUUUUACAACCAUUAAACGCGGCAAAACAAUUAUUUUGCUGUCAAAACUGAAAAAUUUCGCCUAUGGCUAUGCCGUAUGGCUAUGUACUGUAUAACUGAAAGUUUCGCUUGUGGAACUAAAGCCCCGUUUACGUUUUUUGGAGUUUAAAAUAUACAAACACGGACGAUUAUACAAAAAUGGCGUUUCACUCUCAUGAGAAAUUUGAUUAUAGGUAUAAAUAUGUUAUCUCUUGGAGGCGAAAGAGUUCCGAAAUUCUCAGAACUUCAACUUAACGAUACUUGUCAUACCGCGUAUGGUUUUGGAGGGUUAAAGCGUUAGGGUGUGCGAGAAACAGUUGAUAUUUAUAUAUUUUAUAACAUCAUGUCUGCACCGGAAGUGCACAUGUUCUCGAUGGACCUUUCCUUUUCCUUCUGGACCUUUUUCUUUUGUUAUGCAUUGUUUUAAUUAGGCACAGAGGUGAAAAUAUGCGAUUUUGACUAACAUUUUUGAUCGGCCUCGUACAUGCUUAUUUUUUCUCCACUUGGCAUGAAAAGCAUGUCAUUCAAUAGCUAAAAGCCUGAUCUUUUCGAAUAUGAAAACUAAUUGUUCAUACGCCGAGUGAUUCACGUAUAAUAGCGCGCUGAAGUUCGAUUACCUUUUUUUUUAUACACCCUGUAGUGUAGUGAAAUGGAAACUUUCUUUAGUUAUUCUGUCAAAAAUAACAUGCACGAAGCACGAAUCUUUAUAACAGGGUGAUUUUAGUCUGGUUCAGAAUUAUCUCACGACCAUUGUGAGAGAUUUUUGCUGCGCUGGGACUCGAUUCGUUCUGAUAGUACAAAUACAAUAUAUUUUCGGAUCACCCCACCCAAGGAAAAAUUAAUAUUUCCCAUUUUCGACCCUCGACUUUUGACCCUCGACAUAUGACCCUCGACACUCGACCAUUACCCAAACUCCGAGUAUUUCUGCACAUAAUUAAGACUUGAAGGUGUGUUUUACAUGUUGAUAAGUGAAUGUAUAAAACCCCUUGAACAUACAUGCAAUAUCGUUUUGUCACAUAUUUAAUUUUGACGACGUGUUUAGGUCUUUGAGAGGUUGUCAUAUUUGUGGAAAACUGGAUCACAAAAGAAAGAACUGUCCUGACAGACCUCGACUUCACUCAGGUGGAAAUAAAAGGUACUCAAACACAUUUCUGAUGUUGUAGUAAAAAAAUAGUGACGGCUAUAUCCUGACUUCGUUGUUUACUUUUUUGGAAGACUAUUUUUCAUGAAAGUGACCCCUACGUGCAUGUUUGUGGGCGGAAGGCUUGUGGAACUUACUCUAAUAGAGUAUUUACAGCAUACGGUCAUUCCCUUUUAUUUAUAGGAAAAUGGGAAAAGAAAAGUCUUCCAAGAUAAAAAAGAGUAAAGGAAUAUCAGAAUGACAACUUUCUUUCAAACUUUGAAAAUGAACGUUCAAUGGUCCAACCGUCCUUUCAAAGUCAGAACUUGCAACCGCCAAACGUCGACCUCUCAACGUGUAAAAUGCAUUGGCUUUGUACACAUAAUCGAGUGUGAAUAGAGACAUUAAAGUUGCCUUUUGCUAAUGUUUUGCUAAUGUUUUGCUUUGCUAAUGCUAAUAAAAUUUGGG